AUGCGGGUAGCCAGAUCUAGAUCCAGAUCCGCUGCCGUUGCCGGUCAGGACUUCCAUCUCCGCUCGGAAUUCCUUUUCCCCUUCGAUCCCUGCUCUCUGCAGCUUCUUCACCGCGACUUCUCUUCCGUCAGUAGAUGGAUGACGAACGACAGUGCUCCGCAGAUCAAGAUUGCCAAGACGAGGGCGGAGAAGAUCAAGAAUGCUCCCCUUUUCGGUUACCGGUAGGUUAGGCAGCUCCAACCGAACCACCCUUCAGAUUUCGGUUGCCCAGGUUAAACCGCACCUAAACCGAAAAUCGGC